AAGGGACUUUCCUACUCGUCCUUUCACUUUUACACUUUCACUGAAAGAGCAACUGCAAGCACCAGCAAGUCAGGUUGGUGGUCGGCACCGAUUUCACAAUGCCAAGGAAUACGGACAGAGUUUGAGGACAUGUGACAAGGACCAGGGCCCAAUGUGCAUUUAGGUGCCAGACUGCAUGGAGGAUGAGAUUUUCCAGACUACCCUUAAUCCUGCUGAGCUGAAUACUGGACAUAAUGUGGAGAUUCCUGACAGCGUUGACCACAGUUGUGUGUCUUCCUGGUUCCUGUGGGAUAUGCAUGGGCUUCUGUGGUCCAGCCGAGUAUGAAGUACAAGAGGAAUGCUGCCCUAUGUGUGGCCCUGGAUAUUAUGUGUAUAAUCACUGCACAGAACUGACCAGCACAUCAUGUGCUCCUUGUCCCUCAUCUACCUACAAUGAAGCACAGAGUGGACUGGUAUCAUGCAGAUCAUGUACAGUAUGUGACUCCACUGCAGGUCUAAGAGUGAAGAGGGCGUGCAGCUCCAUCUCAGACACACUCUGUGAGCCUCUGGAAGGUCACUACUGCACUGACCCAAUCAAAGAUGGCUGCAGAGGAGCUGUGGAACACACAAAGUGCUCACCAGGGCAGUACAUCAAACACAAUGGUUCAGCUUCCUCAGAUAUUGUGUGUGGUGACUGUGUAGGUGACACAUACUCAGAUGGAACAUUCACAUCCUGCAGACCACACACACAGUGUGGAUCAGGAUAUCAGCUGAUAAAGGAAGGCACAUCAUCAUCUGAUGCUGAAUGUAAAAACUAUUUGAUUGAAGUCAUAACUCCAGUACUAGCCACAGUGGGCCUCCUGACCCUUAUUGCAGUAGCAGUAGUAUUGAUUUUUAAAAGAAAUCAGGAUUCCAAGAAGAGGCAAGGAGUUGAUAAUCAUACAGCACAAUAUAGAAAUGACAGAAGUUCCACAAAUGUGCUGUUGCAUCAGAAAUCAGAUGAUGAAACUAAGAAGAUGUGAUGAAUGACUGGCAGUGUCACUGCUACGGCCAUCUAACAGGUGCCCGAUUGGACCAAUAUUUAGGACUACGCUGCUGCACCAUUGUGGACCUCAGGCUGCCCGCUGCUUCACCAUCUCUUGGGCUGGACGCCUGAGAGCCCUGCUACGCUACGUGAUGACGGAGAGAUGACGACUUCUGACAUCGUCUGUUGAGGAUGAGCCCCAUCAAAGCCCCGUGCUGUUUGUUACGUCCCUGUGUGUGUUUAUUUUUUGUGUCUGCUUGUUUCUCUCUGUGUCUUGUGUUUUGUUAAUUUCAGACUGUCCAGCAGGGGGCUUAAUUGCUGGGCCGGCACUAUAAAAGGUGCUGGCUGACGUUAAUCGGGAGGUCUCUUGGUUUUGGGGGCGUUCUUGGAUGUUGGGUUGUCCGCUACAACGCCACGCUACACCGCUCUGCUCUGCUGCACAAGCCACGCGCUCUGGUUUUGGCCGUCGCUGUCGCUCCUGCCUGGUCCCCGAGUGAGAGUCGAGGAGAAGGCUGGGGAUUACCUGGGCCUACUUUUGGAGGCCUUUCGUUUGGGCAGCCUUAUUUUUCGUUUGUCCAUAUUUUUCUUAGGCUUAUAAUUUUUGUACAGAAAUAUUUUUGAAUUAUACUUCCACUUUUGGCCGUCUCGUAUCAUUUGUCUAUGUCCCACAACACCCCUAGACAGUGGGACGUGACAUGUUUCACACUCUCACUGCUGGACGCUGCAGACAACUGUGCAGUGCAUGGGACACCAUGUCAGUCACUCUACAGAGCUGUGCAUGGGACACCAUGUCAGUCACUCUACGGAGCUGUGCAUGGGACACCAUGUCAGUCACUCUACGGAGCUGUGCAUGGGCACUCUACGGAUCCAUGAAGAAUACAAAUAAAAUCCUCACAUCCUAUUUUGAUCCUCCUCCAUCCUUUGAUCCUCACAUUCUAUUGCUCCAGAAUGUUGGGAAAAUAAAACAAACUCUACAGGAAUGUGUGUAAAUAGUGUGCAGUACUGAAGAACUCUACAGGACUGUGUGUAAAUAGUGUGCAGUACUAAAGAACUCUACAGGACUGUGUGUAAAUAGUGUGCAGUACUGAAGAACUCUACAGGACUGUGUGUAAAUAGUGUGCAGUACUGAAGAACUCUACAGGACUGUGUGUAAAUACUGUAGUGUGCAGUACUGACAGGAGUGUGCCCUCCUGUCCUCCCUCUUUCCAUCUCUCCACCCAUCCUUCUUGUUUUGAAGGGAUUUGUUAUCUUGCUACUGUAGCUCAUGUGGGCAUGAAGCUAUAAGGAACCUCAACGGUGUUAAAUGUUUAGGGCUCUGAGGAAUGCAUGGAAUUGAGUAGAUAUCU